GCACUGCUGACCUGAACGCAGGUUGCGCCUGCGCAUGCACUCCUCAGACGGCUGCCAUGGCUGGACAAGAGGAUCCGGUGCAGCGGGAGAUUCACCAGGACUGGGCGAACCGGGAAUACAUUGAACUCAUCACCAGCAGCAUCAAGAAAAUCGCGGACUUUCUCAACUCGUUCGAUAUGUCUUGCCGUUCAAGGCUCGCAACCCUAAACGAGAAGCUGACAGCUCUGGAGCGGAGGAUAGAGUACAUCGAAGCGCGGGUGACAAAAGGCGAGACUCUCACCUAGGCCUGCGCUGUGCUGCUGCUGGGAAGUGCUUUAUAGGACACAGGCCGUGCGGAAAAGGCCCAGCAGCCUCCAGCUCCUUCUUUUCUCCUUCAAGAGCAACAGGGCUUUUUCUUGUUUUUCUUUUUUCAAAAGUCCAGCCUUUGGGCUCUGAGAGUGUGGUGUGGCGUGGGGGGAGGAGUCCAGGGACUCCUGGACACAGCUUGCGCUCCCUUCCCAGUAAUGCACGGAAUUGCGGUCACUGUAUCUGAGGUCAGAGUCAGAAGCCUGGGCCUCUGAGGGUCCCCCACCUCUCCAACGCUCCUUACAGCUCUCAUUGCCUCUGCCUCUGUCUGCUCCCCGCCUUCGGGGGAAGGUGUGGAGUGGGGUGUCCUGGCCGAGACGCCAGGCCCACACAGUGGCUGCCAGAGAAUGCUGCCGCCCUACCACUUUGUCCUGGGGAGGUCCAGGUCAGUCCCCCGCUUGGCUUGAAGAGACAUCUUCAGGGUUUUCUUUCUGUCGCUUGGGCUGUCUGUGCCUCUUGUAUUUCCCUAAUAAAUUCCUCAACUUUA